AUGGCUGCGCAGCGCAAGUCCGGCAAAGAGUCCGACAAGUUCGCGCGGUGGUUCAAAGCCAAACGGUCUGGAGGCGGCAGCAGAGGACGCGGCAAAGCAAAGGGCAAGGGCAAAGCCAAGAAUGCCUCAGCCGGCCGCUUGCCACACGAGGGAGACAAAGUAUCUCCGAGCAGAAGCGAGCUCUUUCCAAAGGCGAAGGGCAACAAGCGAAAAGCUGCGAACCUUCUGGAAUCGGCGGAGGGUGUCAGUGAUGGUCUGCGACAGAAGCUGUUGGCAACCAAGCAGCGGCUCCUGGCCGGCAAUGCAGAAGCGGCUCGCGCAGGGGUCGUGCAGGCGGAGCCUGGAGCUUGGGCCGCCAUGCAGGCGGAGAAGGAGAAAGCCAACGACGGGAAGAACGAGCAAAAAGGGAAAGCAAAAAGCAAGGGAAAGGGAAAGGAGCCGGGCAAGGGCAAGGGCUCCAAGAAAGGGAAGGGCCAGGGCCAGGCCAGCAAGAAGGUGCCCGUCGUCCGCGAGGAGCUGGUGAGACUGAAUCGCGAGAUUGCGUCCCGCGCGCAGCUGCGAGACCUCCCAGCUGUCCACGCAACGCUGAGGAAUCUUGAG